AUGGUGCUGCAGAAACUCUUAUGCGUCUCAGUUUUCCUGCUGAUAUGCACAUCCAAGGCGAUCAACCCGGAAGCAGAAGCCCUUCUCCGAUGGAAAUCCACUUUGAUUGGCAGCACCAAGUCACUAUCCUCAUGGUCGAUUGCCAACCCUACCUGCUCUUGGUUCGGCAUCACCUGUGAUGCUGCCGGACAUGUCACCGAGCUCCAUCUUCCCAACGCGGGGCUCCAUGGUACGCUUCAUGCCUUCUACUCUCCAGCGUUCCAGAACCUCACCGCGCUCAACCUCAACAGCAACAACCUUGUUGGCCUUGUCCCAGCAAACAUCUCCCUGUUUCUCGUCCUCACCAUUCUGGACUUGAGCUAUAACAAUCUUGUUGGUGCCAUCCCCUACCAACUCAGUCACCUCCCAAAGAUUGUUAGGUUAGAUUUGCGAAAUAACCACUUGACCAACCCAGAAUAUGCCAACUUCUCACCUAUGUCGAGUUUGAAGUUGUUAUCUCUAGCUAAUAAUAAUCUCAGUGGUGCCUUCCCACAAUUCAUCAUCAACUCCACGAAUGUGGGGAUGAGAUCCCUCGAUUUAUCCGGUAACACCUUCUCAGGGCCGUUACCAGCUUCACUGCCAGAGAUGGUCCCAAGGUUGAGGUACUUGAAUCUAUCCGCUAAUGGAUUCUUUGGCUCGAUACCUCGCUCAUUCUCAAGGCUCCAAAAGCUCGAGACACUACGUCUCGAGAAUAAUAAUCUCACAGGAGGAAUCCCAGAGGAGCUGGGGAUGAUGUCUGCACUGCGAUGGCUGAUCCUUUACAACAACCCACUUGGCGGGUCAAUCCCUGCCUCACUCGGGCAGCUCCAUUCCCUCCAGUAUCUCUACAUAAAUGAUGCUGAUUUGGUUUCUACUCUUCCACCUGAGCUGGGGAACCUUACUAGUCUCGAGUACAUGUUCCUGGAAGGGAAUCAUUUAUUUGGAAGCUUGCCACUAUCUUUUGCCAGGGUGCAAACAAUGAUGUAUUUCAGUCUAGGGGACAACAAUAUCAAUGGUACCAUCCCCUCAGAGAUGUUUACGAACUGGACAAACCUUAAGUACUUCAAUGUUGCAAACAACUUGUUAGUUGGAAGCAUCCCAUCGCAGCUCAGGGUGCAAACAAUGGUGUAUUUCAGUGUAGGGGACAACAAUAUCAAUGGUACCAUCCCCUCAGAGAUGUUUACAAACUGGACAAACCUUAAGUACUUCAAUGUUACAAACAACUUGUUAGCUGGAAGCAUCCCAUCGCAGCUCAGCAACUCCGAGGCGUUAUAUCUUCUCAGCCUCUCUGGAAAUAACUUUACUGGCUCGAUCCCGGUGGAGAUGGGAAACAUGGUAAACUUGGAAUUGCUGGAUUUGGCCAAGAAUCACCUUACUGGAACAAUACCACCUACUAUCGGCAAUUUAACAAAGUUGCGCUCACUUGACAUCAGUGACAACCGUCUCGAGGGUGAGCUUCCUAUGGCCAUCUCCUAUCUGAGGAAUCUUCUUGUUCUCUCCUUGUCUGGAAACAAGUUCACUGGUAUCACUCCUAAUGUCCACAGCAGGCAGUCGACGAUUAUUAAUGUGGUCGACAACAACAACAGCGUCUUUGGAGAAUCAUUGUCUGCCUAUUGUAACCUAAUAAUGCUACAAGUCCUGGAUCUAUCAAAGAAUCAAAUAUUUGGAGAUCUCCCUGGUUGCUUGUGGAACUUGGGAGAACUGCAAUCCUUGGAUUUGUCGAGCAAUGCUUUUGGUGGGGAAGUUCCAACCUCGGGUCACUAUAGUUCUGUGCUAAGCUCGCUGCACCUGUCAAACAACAACUUCACGGGUUGCUUUCCAGCAGUGUUGAAGAACUUCAAUAACCUUGUCAUUUUGGAUCUCGGGAAUAAUAAGAUGUCUGGCGCAAUUCCUCCGUGGAUAGGGAAAAGCAAUCCUUUGUUGAGGAUCCUUGGACUGCGAUCAAACAUGUUCAAUGGAAGUAUUCCCUGGCAGCUAUCACAGCUGUCUAAUCUCCAACUGCUUGAUCUAGCUGAAAAUAAUUUUGUAGGUUCCAUACCACAAAAUUUCGCCAACUUUUCCCUGAUGAGACAGACAUCCAUGAUGCCGCCGGUUAUAAUAAUGGACAUAUUAUAUACCCAGCAUGAUGAUUUUUAUGGCCACAUGGAUAUAGUUUGGAAGGGACGGGAGUACACCUUUCAAGGAAGAGAUGCAUUUGUAACUGGUAUUGACCUCUCUGGCAAUUCUCUCUCUGGUGAAAUCCCUUCAGAGUUGACAAGUCUUAGAGGCAUCCAGUUACUAAAUAUGUCAGGAAACUAUCUUUCUGGUGGUAUCCCCAAGGACAUUGGCAAUUUGAAGUGGUUAGAAUCCCUUGACCUCUCGUGGGACAAGCUAUCCGGUCCUAUUCCUCCUAGCAUAUCAAACCUGGUAUUCCUCUGCUGUCUUAAUCUCUCGAACAACCUUUUAUCAGGAGAGAUACCUACAGGCAAUCAACUCCAAACAUUGGAUGACCCAUCAAUUUAUAGCAAUAACCUGGGACUUUGUGGCUCUCUGUUGAACAUUUCGUGUAAAAAUAGUUCAAGUCUGACGACCACUUCAGAUCAAGAUCUUGAAGCCAUUUGGAUGUACUACUCAGUGAUUGCUGGAACAGUUUCUGGUUUGUGGCUAUGGUUUGGUACACUGUUUUUAUGGAAGAUUUGGAGAUGUGCUUUCUUGAGUUGCAUAGAUGCCAUGCAGCAGAGAGUUAUGAACAAGAUGAAGCAUACCUGGGAGUAUAGGAAGCUGUCCAAGUAUUGA